ACAAAGAAAACAAAGAAAAGGAGAGUCCAGAAAGAGAUAGUCAGAAAGAGAGAGAGAAAACGAUACCUAAGUUCAAUUAUCGUCUCUCUCUUUUCUCUGCAGCAAACUCCAAAGGAUCCUGAGAAAGAGAUAUUUAUAUAUAUAUAUAUAUAUAUAUAUAUAUCAUGAAGAAGAAGAUUGAAAGAUUGAUAUGGGAAUAGCUAAAACUUCUCCUACUUGUACAAUUCUCUUGAAGACUCUUUGCGAUAAUUCUAUGUCCCAAGAUUACCAUCAUCAUCAUCCUCAUCAACCACACCAAGGAGGAAUCUUCAGCUUCUCUAAUGGAUUCGACCGAUCAGAUUCUCCCAAUUUAACUCAGCAGAAGCAAGAACAUCAAAGGGUAGAGAUGGACGAGGAAUCCUCAGUCGCCGGAAGUGGGAUUCCGGUCUACGAAACUGCCGGAAUGUUAUCAGAGAUGUUUAAUUUCCCUGGAAGCAGCGGUGGUGGAGGAGGAGAUCUUGACCACGGCCAAUCUUUCCGGUCAAAUAGACAGUUACUUGAGCAGCAACAUCAGAACAUUCCGGCGAUGAAUGCUACGGAUUCCGCCGCCGCCAUGCAGUUAUUCUUGAUGAAUCCGCCGCCACCGCAACAACCACCGUCUCCGGCAUCGACAACCACCACAAGGAGCCACCACAGUUCUUCAACUCUUCACAUGUUACUACCGAAUCCAUCUCAUCAUCAUCAAGGCUACGCUAAUACGAUGUCUAUGCAUCAGCUUCCACAUCAGCAUCAUCACCAACAACACCUGACGUGGCAAUCUUCCUCCUCCUCCUCCGAUCAUCAUCAUCAUCAUCAUCAUCAUCACAACAGCCAAAGGGAGAUCGGGACCGUCCACGUGGAAAACAGCGGAGGACAAGGCUUGUCCUUAUCUCUCUCAUCGUCUUUAGAGGCUGCAGCAAAAGCCGAAGAGUAUAGAAGAAACAUUUACUAUGGAAGCAAUUCUUCUAAGGCAUCAUCUCAUCAUCAUCAAUACAAUCAGUUCAAGACUCUUCUUGCUGAUUCAUCUCAACAUCAUCAAGUGUUAAACCAAUUCCGAUCAUCUCCGGCGGCCGCCGCCGCGACAUCUACCUCUUCCACCGGAGCGGUCAAUAUCCUAAGAAACUCUAGGUACACGAUGGCCGCUCAAGAGUUGUUGGAGGAGUUUUGUAGCGUUGGAAGAGGAUUUUCUAAGAAAUCCAAACUUAGGAACAGCUCAAACCCUAAUACUAGCGGUGGUGCCGGUGGUUCUCCUUCGUCGGCGGGAGCAAUCAAGGAUCAUUCUCCUUUAUCGGCGUCUGAUCGGAUUGAGCAUCAAAGAAGGAAAGUUAAGCUACUCACCAUGCUUGAAGAGGUGGACCGACGGUACAACCAUUACUGCGAGCAAAUGCAAAUGGUUGUGAACUCAUUCGACAUAGUAAUGGGCCACGGCGCGGCGUUGCCAUAUACCGCAUUGGCUCAGAAAGCUAUGUCAAGGCAUUUUCGUUGCCUUAAAGAUGCGGUCGCGGCUCAGCUUAAGCAGAGUUGCGAGCUUCUUGGGGACAAAGAUGCAGCUGGAAUAUCUUCUUCGGGGUUAACUAAAGGUGAAACACCGCGAUUGCGAUUGCUAGAACAGAGUUUGCGUCAGCAACGUGCGUUUCACCAAAUGGGAAUGAUGGAACAAGAAGCUUGGCGGCCACAACGUGGUUUACCUGAACGCUCCGUUAAUAUCCUUAGAGCUUGGCUCUUCGAGCAUUUCCUCCACCCGUAUCCAAGCGAUGCAGAUAAGCACCUCUUGGCACGACAGACUGGUUUAUCCAGAAAUCAGGUGUCAAAUUGGUUCAUAAAUGCUAGGGUUAGAUUAUGGAAACCAAUGGUGGAAGAAAUGUAUCAACAAGAAUCAAAAGAAAGAGAAAGAGAAGAAGAAGAAUUAGAAGAAAACGAAGAAGAUCAAGAAACAAAAAACAGCAACAACGACAAGAGCACAAAAUCCAACAACAAUGAAAGCAACUUCUCUGCAGUUCGGACCACUUCGCAAACUCCAAUGACAACUGCACAGUCAGAAGCAACCGCACCAGACGCAGACGCAGACGCAGCAAUAGCGACAGGCCACCGUCUGAGAUCAUCCGACAUCAAUGCCUACGAAAACGACCCUUCAUCACUCCUACUCCCUUCCUCCUCCUACUCCGAUGCCGCCGCAGUCUCUAGCUACGGUGGCUCAGCUUCGUUUUCCGCGGUUGCCACGUGUCAACAAGGUGUUGGCGGGUUCGAUGAUACUGACAUUGAUGGUGUUAAUGUUAUAAGGUUUGGGACAAACCCUACUGGUGACGUGUCACUCACGCUUGGUCUACGCCAUGCUGGCAAUAUGCCUGAUAAGGACCCUUCUUUUUGCGUUAGAGACUUUGGUGGUUUUUAG